AUGUGCGCAAUCGUCACUGGCUCAAACUCUGGACUGGGUUAUGAGACCAGUCGACAACUUCUCGAUCUUGGCCUGUCCAAAUUGAUUCUCGCCGUGCGGAAUACCCAGAAGGGCAAUGAGGCCGCUUCCAAGUUACGCUUGGGACGGGAGCUUCUGCAAGAUACCAUCGAAGUCUGGUCGCUGGAUCUCUCGGACUACGACUCUAUUAGAACAGGGCAUGACGAGAUCGUGCAGGUCAAUUAUCUGUCCAACGCGUUGCUAGCAAUCUUGCUCCUCCAGGUCGUUAAAGACAAGAACUCGAAAGCGCCGACCAAGAUCACCUUUACCUCUUCAGAACUUCCAGCGUUCUCUAAAUUCCAGGAAAGGGCCGGCUCGCCUCUGCUACUGGAGCUCGACAAGCCGGGACGGGUGGAUCUACAGGACCGCAUGACGGUGUCUAAACUUCUGUGUCAAUUUUUUGUUGCCAGGCUUGCCCAGCAUGUACCUUGUUCGGUCGCCGUCAUUAACUUGGCUUCGCCCAGCGGGCUCAGUGACUCCACUAUGCUUCAAGGUCAUAACAACAUCGACGGGGCAAUCACAAGAUUCAUGAUGCGGCGCAUCGGAAGGACAUGUGCUGAAGGCGCCAAGAUGAUGGUCGACGCGAUUGUUCAACGUGGCGAGGAGACUCACGGCAAGUACUUCAUGGCACCAGUCAUCUACACAGAGGAGGGAAAGGUGAUUUCGGAUAGGCUCUGGGAUGAGACGAUGGCAGAACUCGCGUUUGCGAAGGUGGAAGAAAUACUCCGGACGGUGUCAAUAUGA